CUGUGACGCACAGGUCACAUAUAUGAUAUAUCACUCCAAUUGCCAUAUAUAUCCAAACUGAUCGUCACUCUCUAGUCUGCUGUUUCCGUUAACUGUCCAUUACUCUCAGCCACAAAUCGUCAAACACCUUGUAUGCCUCUCUGGCUCUCUCUAUUUGUAUUAAUAUCCCUUAUUCGGUUCUUUAAGCGGCUACUGUUUCUAAGAGCGGCUUCCUGACUCCUGACUCCUGACUCCUGAGUGGAUCCAAUGCGCAAAACUUCAAUUCCCACAGACCCGUUGCACAGCGGAAUAGCUAUUUCUGAUUAGUUAGUCAUAUUCCUGUUGCAUAGCCAUGCUUGUCCAUUUCGAUCUCAAGGACUUCCAAGAAAAGUUUUCAACCCAGCUGAGACCAUGGCAACGUUCUUUCCAAUUCUGGGCUCGCACUGCUGAUAUCUACACUGGUUAUAAAGCGUUUCAAGUGAGAGUGUGCUUUGAGAAGGAUGUAAAGAAGCAGGAGGCGAUGUGGGAGAGGCAGCAUGAGCUUGCUGCAGAGAAGAUAUACAACAUGUGCUCUGAGCUCGGUGGCUUUUUCCUAAAGAUUGCUCAAAUUAUUGGGAAGCCUGAUUUGGCUCCAGCUGCAUGGGUCAGAAGGCUAGUUACUCUCUGCGAUCAAGCCCCUGCUACGCCAUAUAGUGUGAUCAAAGUAGUGCUGGAGAAGGAGUUGGGUCGAAGUGUUGAUGACCUAUUUGAACGAUUUGAUGUGGAACCACUUGGUUCUGCUUCCAUUGCACAGGUUCACCGUGCUAGACUUAGAGGCAACAAGAAUGAUGUUGUUGUCAAGGUCCAACAUCCAGGUGUUCAAGAACUGAUGAUGACAGAUAUCCGUAACCUUCAAGCCUUUGCAUUAUACAUGCAAAAGACAGAUAUCAUGUUUGAUUUAUUCUCUGUAACCAAGGAAAUGGAGAAACAGGUCCCAAAUUUAUCAAAUUUGCAUCUUGUAUUAUCAUCAUUUUCAUUUUUAGCAGCACAAUGUAUUGUGACCUUUUUUCCCCCCUACUUUUAUGAAAUAAUCAUUUUUGAAAUAAAGUGUCUUUUAUUUGUGGCAUUUAAGAUUAGUUAUGAAUUUGACUUUAAGAGGGAGGCUGAUGCUAUGCAAAGAAUUCAAAAAUUUCUAUACAAGAAUAACAAGAAGUCACCAGUUCUGGUGCCACGGGUGAUGCGAGAUAUGGUCAGCAGGAGGGUUCUAGUUAUGGAGUAUAUUGAUGGAAUACCAAUUCUAAAGAUGGGGGACGAAAUGGCAAAGAGAGGCAUAAAUCCUAGUGGCAGAUUGGCAGUAGCUGCAAAGCAGAAUAUCCUUAAAAGUUUAUCACUUGCAUAUGGGCAAAUGAUACUAAAGAGUGGUUUCUUUCACGCAGAUCCUCAUCCUGGAAAUAUUUUAAUCUGUAAAGGUUCUGAGGUUGCCUUGCUUGACUAUGGGCAAGUGAAGGAUCUUCCUGAGAAUCUGAGGCUAGGAUAUGCUAACUUGAUUCUUGCUAUUGCUGAUAAUGACCAGGUGAAGGCCCUACAGAGUUACAGAGAGCUUGGAAUAAACACCGUGAGCAAAUGCAAGGAUGAACUAAAUGAGCUGUUUAAACUGGCACAAACUAUGUUUGAUACAAAACUACCCCCUGGCGUGACAAUGCUUCAACCUUUCUCUGAAGAAUCUUCAAUUAAAAAAAUUGGUGUUCAGGCGUUUCCGGAGGAACUGUUUUCUGUUCUUCGCACAGUACAUCUACUUAGAGGACUUAGCGUCGGACUAGGAAUUAAUUAUUCAGUUGCUGAGCAGUGGAGACCUAUUGCUGAGGAAGCACUAUACCAGGCAGGAAGACUUACAGGGAAAGAGCUCAAAAGUGUGCAGAGGCAAGGAAUUUUUAGAAGAAAUUUUUGGAGAUAACAAACACUUUCACAAUUCUAGAAAUGCUUUUUUUUUUUUUUUUUUUUUUUUUUGCCUCCUGUGGUUUCAUACUAAUCUAAUUGGAUUAAGUUUGUAUUAUUGUUUGUUUGCAAUAUAUUAGCUUGGAACCACCUCUGCCACCCCCCAUUCUUUUACAUCAGGAUUUAUUUAUUUUCCAUAAAUUUACUAUUUACAACAGAUUAUCAGUAAUAAUUUCACUAUUGAAUUGUCUGUA